UGGCUUCCUAAUGUCUGAUAUCAACAGAACAAUGUGAAGGGGUGUGAGCUACUGUCAUACUUCCUCAUGGAGGCCAUCACAGUUUGCAAAAUUGGGCAUAAAGGAGAAGCUGGUCUCCGUAAUUAUUUUCAGCUUAGCGGUUCGAGAGCAAGAUGGAUGUGCUGUUCAUGGUGGUGGCCCUUGUCUUGACACUGGGAAUGGCAGAGGCUGCUACUCCAUUGGAAAUCUUUACACAUGACCAUGGGAGUAACAUCCACCUGAAGUGUCUGACUAAUAAAUCGGAUCAAUGGAUUGACCUAAUGUGGUAUAGGACAAGUGAAACAGGGUUUGAAUAUAUAGGACACACAGAAUUACAAGGCAAAGAAGAGUACAAGUACCAGAUUAAUGGUAGCAAUAAACAUAUUAGGCUUCAUAGAACAAUUGACACAUUUAACUUAAGCAUUACAGAUGUUCAGCCAUCAGAUUCUGGGGCAUACUGCUGUAUGAGGGGCACAUCAGGAACAAAGAUCCUAAAUGUGGCUGUACUAUUGGUGAAAGAAACUUCACCCACUGGUUCCACAUCAGUUGUUGCAACCACUGAUGAUUCCCAAAAUGAGAAGAACUCUACACAAGGUCCCGGGUGCCAAGAGGAACGCACAGAUCUGAAGCUUCUCAAGGCUCUGGGCGGCUCUCUGGUCCUGUGCGUUGGUCUGAUUGUGUUCCUGGGAUAUCUGAGCUUCAAGAGAAGAGAGUGCAAGCACUGCAAAGAGAAAGCUUGCCAGGUGCAACAAGACACACAUCUGUCAAAUCAAAAUAGCUGGCAGGACGAUGAGACACUGAACUACGCUCCGGUACACUUUGCUAAGAGGGGUGAACAACAGAAGAAAAAGCAGAAGAAGAAGACAACUCAGCCAGAAGAGGAGACUCUUUACGCUGGAGUCAAAUGCUCUUAGUCAAAAUACAAACACUGUUGGCAAAUUUCACAACCAGAUGUACUCAGUGAAGUUCCCGUUUCUUGGUUCUUCACGUUUCCUAACAUGACAUGGUCUCUGCCUUUCUGCCUGAUGGCUACUGUAUAUUCAGAGCAGAAAUAGUAUUUGAGAUCUGUGUUUAAGUGUUAAAGGGAAUACUGUAAAAUAUUAUCUCUGCCCUGCCUUCAGUGAGGGGUCUGUGUGAGACUGCAUCUGUCAAUAGUCAUAUGAAAUUACAGCCUCCAAUUCACUGCUCAUUUAUCGGUUUCUAAGUUUUCAUUCAAUUUCUAAUAUGUAUUUUUUCCCAUCUGAAUGUGCUCCAUACAAGUUUGUGAAAUAUCAAAUACAUGUAUAUAAUAGCCUGAAUACUUUAUUACAAGUAUAUUGUGGCGUACAGGACUACUGCUGGCUAUUUGGGUGCCCUAAGUGAAAUUGGUCAAUGAUGCAUGAUGUAAAUGUUCACAUUUAAAAAUAUAUUGUAAGUCAAUGUAUCUCUCUCUCUCUUUUG